UUUUAUUCCCCUUUUCAUCUAUCUUCUUCAGUCUCUCUUUCUCUCCAAACCCUAAUUUUCACAAACCCUCAAAAUCAUUGAAUAUAUUUUUAAGAAAUAUUCAGCAAUAUACACAUCAUCUGAAACUUGAAGCGACCACAAAUUCUUCUUGAUUCCUUGAUCAUCUAUUUAUAGCCAAAAAACAUUAUUAUAUAUCUUCCUUACAUACACACACAUAUAGAGAGCUUAUUGAUCCGAUAUAUGGCUUCCUCAUCAGAACUAAGCUUGGAUUGCAAGCCACAAAGCUACUCUAUGCUUUUGAAAUCAUUUGGAGAUAAUUUUCAGACUGAUCAAACCACACAAAAGCUUGAAGAUCUUCUUUCUCGGCUCGAACAGGAACGCCUCAAGAUCGAUGCUUUCAAACGCGAGCUUCCCCUUUGCAUGCAGCUCCUUAGCAAUGCUGUGGAAGUUUAUAGACAACAGCUAGAAGCAUAUAGGGAAAAUAGUAAUAACAGCAACCAAAGUGUCGUCGCAAGACCAGUUCUUGAAGAGUUCAUACCCUUAAGAAACCAACCCGAAAAGGAGAACAACAAAGGGAAUAAUUGGAUGACGACUGCUCAGCUUUGGAGCCAACCUGAAACUAAACCAAAAAACAUUGAUCCAACUACAGAUCAGUCUCCCAAAGACGAGCUUGCUAGUAGUCCAAAACUCGGACAUUUUGAUGUGAAACAAAGAAAUGGUGGUGGGGCUUUUCUACCAUUCUCGAAGGAAAAAACUUUGCCUGAAUUAGCUUUAUCUACGGAGGUCAAAAGAGUCUCCCCAACCAAUGAACAUACUAAUGACCACGACUGUAAUGGUGAGAGCAUAAUCAACGGUAGCAAUAACAACAACAAUAAUAAUUCUUCGACAACAAGUCAAAGUAAUAGAAAGGCACGGCGUUGCUGGUCGCCUGAUUUGCACCGGCGAUUUGUCCAAGCUCUUCAAAUGCUAGGCGGUUCACAAGUGGCUACACCUAAACAGAUAAGGGAACUUAUGAAAGUUGAUGGUUUGACCAACGAUGAAGUCAAAAGUCAUCUCCAGAAGUAUCGGCUUCACACAAGAAGACCAAGCCCAAGCCCACAAACAUCAAAUGGGCAAGGCCCACACUUAGUGGUCCUAGGUGGCAUAUGGGUCCCACCAGAAUACACCACCGCACACGGCGGCACUCCAACUCUCUACCACCACCAAGUCCAAAACCAUCAAGGCAACGCGGCGGCGCAGCCUCCACCACACUUUUGCUCUCAAGAGUUUUACACAGCUCGUCCCCCACCACAACAGCUCCACCACCAUCACUUUCAAACGUGUAACGGCUCAUCCGCGGAUGGCUCCGCGUCCACAGAUUCAGCUCAUCAGUUAAUGGACAGUGCCGCCGAUGAUGGGAAAUCGCCAGAGAGUGGUGGUGGCGAAAGAAAAGGACUGGCUGCUCUUAGGGAAGAAAGUGGCAAUCAGAGCAAUAUUAAUGGAAGUGAAAUAACUCUCAAGUUCUAAAUUUUUUUCUUCACGAUUAAUUUUAUUAGAGGGAAUGAAUCUAGGGCUAGGGUUUGCGGAUGGCUACGUGACUAAAUUCAUAUUGCUGGUAUGUGUUCUCGGUAGAAAAUGAAUUGUCGGAAGCAGCGAGUGUUUUAUAUAUCGAAGUUAUUAUGAAUUCUCA